AUGGCAGGAGAUCCAUUUUUAUCUGAUCCUUCUAAGAAAAGAAAGCGUCUGAAUAAAUUGACUAGUAAAACAAAACGAUCUAAAUCAUCAACCCCAACCCCAACACCUACACCUACACCAAAUACAAACCAUCAAGAUGACGAUAUAUCAAGUGGAUCCGAUAGUGAAAACGGACAUGCCAAUGGAACAAAUGAAAAUGAUCAUGGCGAUAAUGAAAGUGAAUUAUCAUCAGAUGAAGAAUUUGCUGAUGAAACCGUUAAUGAUAAACGUAGAAGAUUAGCUAAACAAUAUUUAGAAAAUUUGAAACAAAAUGAACAUGAAUUAUACGAUGAAUUUGAUGCUAAAGAUUUAGAUGAUGAUAUAUUAGCAAGAAGAUUACAAAAAGACAUUGCUGAAACUAAAGGAUACGUUUAUAAAUUUGUCGGUGAUAAAAUAAAGGAUCAAUUAGAUGAAGAAUAUCCAUUAGAAUUAAUAACUACAAGAAUUGGUUGUAAAAAUUUAACUAGUAUGACAAUUAAUUAUCCAUUUUUAUAUACUGUUUCUAAAGAUAUGGAAAUCAUUAAAUGGGAUAUAAAUGAAACCCACAAGAAACCGAAAAGAAUAAAACAUACUAAAGGUGGCAAUAAAUAUUUCGAAAUAAAUACCAUAAAUCCUCAAUUAAAUCAUCAUUGGCAACAAAUUAAUUGUAUAGCUGCUUCACCCGAUGGGAAAUAUAUUGUUACUGGUGGAUCAGAUUCUCGAUUAAUUAUUUGGUCAAGUGAAAAUUUAACUUGUUUAAAAGUUUUACCAACGAGAUCUUCAGUGAAUUCAAUUGUUUUCAGAAGAAAUAGUGAUCAAUUAUUUGCUGCUUGUGCUGAUUUAAGAAUUAGAACUUAUUCAAUUAAUCAAUUCACGCAAUUGGAAAUCUUAUAUGGACAUCAAGAUAAUAUUAGUGAUAUAUCUGCUUUGGCAAAAGAAACUUGUGUUUCAGUUGGUAGUAGAGAUAAAACUGCCAUGUUUUGGAAAAUUGCUGAAGAAUCACGUUUAACUUUCCGUGGUGGUGAUUCACUAGAAAAGACCAACAAAAAGAAAAAGAGGCACUACCACCAGGAGGAGGAGGAGGCGGAGACCGAGAAUGAUGAAUCGACAUUCUAUAAUGAAGGAUCAAUUGAUGUUGUAAGUAUGAUUGAUGAAUCGCAUUUUGUUACUGGGUCAGAUAAUGGUAAUGUUGCCUUAUGGUCAUUAGCUAAAAAGAAACCAUUAACCACGAAAAGAUUAAGUCAUGGAUUACAACCACAAUUUACUCCAAUUCAAGCAAGUUCAGAAUCAAAUGAAGAAUUGGCUUUACAACAAAUUCCUAAACCACAACCUUAUUGGAUCACUGCUAUUCAUGGUGUUCCUUAUAGUGAUAUUUUCAUUACUGGAUCGUUUAAUGGUACUAUUAAAAUAUGGAAAUUAGAAGAACCAUCAUUAAGAUCAUUUAAAUUACUUGGUGAAAUUAAACAAAAUAAUUUAAAUGGAUGUAUUGUUAAAAUUGAUUCAGUGGAGAUUCCAAAUACUAAAAAAUUGAAAAUUUACGUAUUAUUAAGUAAAGAACAUAAAUUUGGUAGAUGGUUAGGUAAAUUACCUGGAGCUAGAAAUGCUUUAGUUAAUUUCACAGUUAAUUUAUAG